AUUUAUUUUCCAUCUUUACACAAUCCGAUCUCUUCCCAAUUCCCAUCCCUUUUAUGCUCAACCUCUCUUUGCCUACCUCCGACUUCUCGUCGUCGGAAUUCCGGCCACCUUCGCCGGAAAACAGGUCAAAGUAAUUUAAAAUCCCUAUAAUUCAAACUAUUGAGUAAAAAGAUUUGAGGAUGAGUCGCUUGCUUUGGUGCAGCAGCUGCACUAAAAAACAGCCUGUUGAAACAAAUGAUUUGUAUACAUGUUGUACUUACUGUGGGAAGGUUAUUGAGCAAGAUAUAUACUCAAAUGAACCAAGUUUUGUCAAGAACGCAGCAGGGCAGGUCGGUGCUUUGUGUUAGUCAGUUGGCUGGGAAUUAUGUGAGGACUGUACAAGAUGACAAUGGAGUUUCACGGCAGAGGACACUAGAUAGGGCCCAUGAGAAAAUUACGAUCAUGGCUGAUAGCUUGGGUAUAGAGGGUGGAGACCAAAUAGCGCUGCCAGCUUUACGAUUCUACGAAAUAGCUCUUGAGAAGAAUUUCGUACGGGGACGUAGAGCUGAACAUGUUGCAGCUGCGUGUCUUUACAUUGCAUGUCGGGAUAAAAACAAACCGUUCCUUCUCAUUGAAUUUUCAGAGUCAUUGCGAGUUAAUGUUUAUGUGCUAGGUGCUGUGUUUUUGCAGCUUUGUAAAGUACUGCAUCUUCAAGAGCAUCCGAUUGUUCAAAAACCAGUGGAUCCAAGUCUGUUUAUUCACCGGUUUGCAAAUGGUCUGCUGAGGGAGGUAAACUAUGAGGUAGAGAAGACUGCUUUACGGAUAAUGGCCAACAUGAAAUAUAAUUGGAUGCAGACAGGAAGAAAGCCUAGUGGCUUAUGCGGGGCGGCACUGUACAUAUCUGCUCUUUCACACGGUUUCAAGUUUUCAAAGGCGGAAAUAGUAAAGAUUGUACAUAUUUGUGAAGCCACAUUGACCAAGAGGUUAAUCGAAUUUGAGGGAACAGAAUCAGGGGGCCUUACGAUAGAAGAAUUCAACCAAAAAGCCGAGGAGCUUGAGAGAAAUUGUAGUACAGUUAAACAUACGAAUUCUGGGGACAGCAUGGCUAAAAAAGAGGAUUUGCUUUGUGAACAUAGAGGUAGUGGAAAGCCUCAUUUUGCUCAUGGACUUUGUGAAACUUGUUACCAUGAGUUUAUAAGAAUAUCAGGAGGUCUUGAUGGGGGCUCAGAACCCCCUGCUUUCCAGCGUGCUGAGAGGGAAAGAUUAAUGAUGGCAUGUGCAGAUGAAAUGGCUGCAGAUUCUCUUUUGGAACCUGCCAUACUGGAAAACAGUUGUACAAAUCUAAAUUUGGAGAAAGAAUCCGGACUCGGUGCUGCAGGAAGUGACCAAAUGACGAUGAAAGGAGUCCAAGCUCAGUUUGAGGCUGUAGAUGUUGCUGAUGAGGAAUUCGGGAAAGCUGAUGUGGGUAUAGAAGAUGACGAGUCAGAAACCUUAUCAGACAUUGAUGAUGAUGAGGUUGCCGGUUACUUGCAUAAUGAAGAGGAGUCACACAUGAAGAAGAUUAUCUGGGAGACAAUGAAUCAGGAAUACAUGGAGGAACAAGCAGCUAAAGAAGCUGCUGCAAAGGUAGCAAUGAUGGCCAACUUUCAGAAUGGUUUAGUACAGCCUGAAGCCAAAAAACUAGUUGAUGAAGCUAUUGCAAAUUAUGCGAAGUUAAAAAAGGGACGUCAGCAAAAAAGAGCAGCUGAAGCAAAGAAUAUUUCAACUGCUGCGGAAGCAGCUCAUCAUAUCUUGUCCAAAAAGAGGAUAAGUUCAAAACUCAACCAUGAGAGAUUGAAGGAACUGUUUGGUGAAUCUCAGGAUAUUACUGAGAACCCGAAGAAGAGCAGGACGGAAACCAACGUAGAAAAGAAUGACGUAUCUUUGACUAGCAAAAGUGAAGCUGUAGUUGAGAAUAAGGAGGACGAGUUGGAGGCAGAGGACGAAUAUGAAGAAGAGAAUGAUUAUGGAGACUACCAAGACAAUUCAUAUUAUUACAACGAAGAAGAGUACGAAGUUUUUGAUGAUGGCUUGUUCUGACAGCUCCAACUUAGAUUUAUUGUCUAGACUAGAUUACAGGGUAUUUAUUGAUAUAUGAAGUAUUAUUUAUUGCACUCAAUUCUCUCUUUCUCUGAGUAACUAAUAAUAAUGGUAUGGGGAGGUUAGAAUAUAGAACUAUAUCAUUCUUUAUUUUCAGUAGAUUUUUCACUUGGUUCAUUGUAAAAUUCUAUAACUCAGAUUUUUCAGGACAUGGAUUUAUAGUCAUGUGUAGAACAUAGGAGUUUGUAAAGCUUUUUUUGACGUUUGUAACUGAAUCACUACACAUUUUCGUGAUGUUAAGUGAAAUUAUAUGUUACUAGUAGUAAGAUUAUUCUUUUUGACUGA